AUGACGGCGGACCUGGAGCUGCCGUACUCUGUGGAGGACAGCCAGCUGGGCAAAGCUAGCCGUCAGCGCCGCGGUGUGGCGGGCGCCGGCGGGGCGCGCAGGCCGUACGGACGGCCGGAGGUCCGGGCGCCGGCGGUCGGGCCGGACGAGAACGAGGUCGUCGUUGAGGCGAACCGGGGUUCGGACGGCGGGCGGUCGCUGUUUGGGUCCUUGGCACGGCUUGGGAGCGUGGCUGGUGUGCGAAGGCUGGCUGCGUCGCUGACGAGCGGGGUGACGGGAUUCAUUGGCACGCGCCUGCUUGGACGUGGGCAUCAGGAAAGGUCCGGACACGAGGAGCGCAGCGACGAUCAAGACGUCCCCGACGGCGACGACUCCGACCAUGCAGCCCCGGCAGAGCUGCCAUCCGCGCCGAGCGGCGGCGCCACGCUCUCCGCGGUCACCAUCAUGGGCCGCAAGGGUGCCUUCACGCACGCGGCGGACCGCGCCGGCGCCGACUCGGUCAAAAACGUACCCGCCGAGGUCGACGAUCGCUUCGGCCGCACGCGCUCCUCGGGCCGCACCGGCGCCGACGCCCGGGGCGUCCCCAGCGGCUUCGUGGACACCUCCCCAGGACGCCGCCCCGGCCGCGCGUCGCCGCAGUUGGGCCGCGCCCGCGAGCCCGACGGCGGCGCGCAGGAGCCGCAGCAGAGCGUCGCGAAGCGCGUGCCCUUCGACGACCUCCUCGCGCUCCUAAAUGAGUCCCCCGGGGAUGUCUCGCACGCCCCCCCUGCGCUGCGCGGGCGGCGCUCGGGCGGGGCCGCGCUCCCGGCGCUCCCGGCGCCGCCCGGACGCGAGGCGGCGCCCGUGUCGCCCUGGGCGGGGCCGCAGUGGGCCACAGCGCAGCCACCGGCGCGCCCAGCGACGGAGGCGCGUCGUCGGUCGCCGCCGUUCGCGCCCACGCGGUCGCCGUUUGCGCCGGCGACGGGGGCGCGGAUGCCGCCCGCCCGCGCGCCCGAGGAGCCGCCGCGGCCGGCGCCUGCGACGACCCCGGCGCAGCAACCGGGGGGACUGUUUAGGGGGGGUUUCCGCCCGAUGGCGCGCGCCGCGCAGGCCCCCGCGGCGAACGGGGGGCCGGCCGUGUCGCGCGCCGGCGGGAGCGGCCUGCGCGGGCUGCGGUCGCUCAACGCGUCUGCGUCCGCGAAGCGCAAGCGCCCCGACGACGCGCCGGGGCAGCCGACCGGCCUCCGAGGCCUCGCGGCGAGGGGGGGUGUGUCGCAGACCCCCCUCGGGUCCGCUGCCGGCCUCAGAACACCCGCCGCGCGCACUCUCGGGGCCACGCCGGCGCCCGAGACGCGCCGCGCGACGGACACGGCCCAGAAGAUCCUGCGAGCGCUCAACGAGAUGGGUGACGGUGCCGGCGCCACUCCGUCGCGUGCCGGCGCGCCCGGGACCGCGCUCGCGACGCCUCGGCUGAACCUCGCGCCGUCGCUGGCGCGGGUCUCGCACCACGCCCCCGCCGCGGUCGCGCCGCCGCUGGAGACGCUUGACGACGACGGUGCAGAGGCGCAGGCGCCGUCCGCGAAGCGCGCGAGGGGGCUGGGCGGCGCGGUCGUGCCGGCCGGGCCGCGGCCAGGGCCUCUCGACGCCGCGGACGCCGCGGGGCGGGCAGUUGGGGCGCGGCCGCCGCCUGGAGUGUACUUUUCGUUUGGGUCGACGCCGGCGGUGCCUCCGUCGCCGCGGCUGGAGCCCGCGAUGGCGCACGCGGCGGAGGUGGCGGCGGGAGAGGCGCGGAAGGGCCGGGAGGCGGCGGAGGCUGCGGAGCGCGAGCGGAAGCGGCAGCGGGACGAGGAGGAGAGGCCUCCGCCGGUCAAGGUGGGGGGGUCUCGAUUCGCGGCGCCGAGCGACUCGGACGACUCGGUCGUGGUGAUCAGCGACAGCGGCGACGAGGGGGACGCGGCGGCGCCACCCGGGACGCCCAUGCAGGGCUGGCUGAGCAAGGCAAAGGACACCCCCCCUCCGCAGAAGCCGGCGGACGUGGCGCCGAAGCAGGCGGCCCCCGCGCCGGCGUUCGGCACCGCCGCGCCGCCGGCUCGCCGCGAGCCCGCGUUCAAGCCGCCCGCGGCCGCGUCCCCGGCGUCCGGGCGCGACGACGACGCGCCUCGUGUCCGGUUUGGCGGCGAUCGCAGCAGCGCCGAGGACCGGGCGAUCCGGGCCGCCGUCGGCGGCGUGGUCGCGGCGAGCGACGCCGGCGUCAAGUUCUCGUUCGGCGCGAAGCCUGCGGCGCCGCCCGCGGCGCUCGCGACCCCUGUUGCCGCCGCCAACGUCGUGGCCAAGGCCGCCGCCAGCAGCCCGCUGCCGGACUCCGACGACGAGGCCCCGGCGCCCGCGGCCACGGAGAAGAAGGAGCAGGAGAGCGAGGCGAAGGAGAAGCCCGCGGACAGCGCCGCGGCGCCGAAAUUCGGAGCUCCGGCGCGGACCGCAUGGACGCCGUUUCCACAGUCGCCCCCUGGGGGUUUCAAGUUCGGUCUCGGCGCGGGCGCGGCGCCGGCGGCGGGCGCGGAGAAGCAGGAGCGCGACGCGGCGGACAAGGCGAAGGAGCCCGCGAAGGAGCCCGCAGCGAGUCCCUCUGCGUUGUCUGCAAAAGCGCCGGCGUUUACGUUCGGGGCCAAGCCCGCCGAGGGGCAGAAGGACGGGGACGGCGACGGAGCGCAGCCUGCGCAGAAGCGGCCGGCGUUUGCGUUCGGGGCCGGCGGUGGCGCGGGGGCGUUUGGCGCCGCCAAGGACACGACCGACUCAGGGACAGGGGGGGGUCCCGCGGCGGCGUUCAAGCCGGCGAGCAGGUUCCAGUUCGGCGCAGCAGCGCCCUCGAGCGACAAGCCGGCGAGCUUCGGCGCACCUUCGGCGGCGCCCGAUUCCACCAAGCCCGCCGAGAAGCCAGCUGGGGGGUUCCAGUUCGGCGCAGCAUCGACGGGCGCAGCGGACAAGCCCGCGGGCCCGUUCACGUUCGGCGCGAAGCCCGCGGACGGUGCGGGGACGCCGGCGACAGGCACGGGCGUGAGAUUCGGCUCGACGCCCAUCGCCGGGGGGGGCGGCGCGCCCCCUGCGAGCGGGCCCGCGGGCGCCGCGAGCUCCACGCCCUUCGGCGCGCGGGGUGCCUCCGGGGACGCGGACAAGCAAGCCGCUUCUACGCCGGGCGUGGUGUUUGGCUCGAAACCUAUCACCGGCACGUCGCCCAGUGAGAAGACCACCGAGGCCGCCGGCGCGAGCAAGCCCGCGUUCUCGUUCGGAGCCAAGACGACGCCGAGCGCCGCCGGCGAGGGCGGCGCCCAGGCGACGAAGUUCGCUUUCGGCAGCAAGCCUGCAGAGCAGGGGGGCGGGGCCGCGGACAAGCCCGCGAGCGGCUUCCAAUUUGGCGCGAAGCCUGCUGAGCCGGCAAGCAGCAAGCCGGCGGACGCAUCGGCGCCGUUCGCUUUCGGCGCCAAGCCAGCCGGCGACGCUGGCGGGGCGAAGAGCCCGUUCACGUUCGGGGCGCAGGCCUCCGCGGGCGGGGCGGACAAGCCGGCCAGCACGUUCACGUUUGGAGCUUCUGGGCAGCAGCAGCAGCCUGCAAGCGGGGGCAUGGAGGGCGGAGACAAGCCGGCCUCGUCGCCGUUUGGUGCGAACGCAACGGGGGGCAGCGCGCCAGGGUUCGGGUUCGGCGCGGCGCAGGGUGCGGCGCCGGGCGGCGCCCCGAAGUCGCCGUUUACGUUCGGGGCCGGCGGUGCGGGGGGGGCGUCGCAGACUUCCCCCGGGUCGUCGCCGUUCCAGUUUGGCGGCAGCACCGCCGCUGCAGCGCCGGCCGGCACCGCGUCGGGCUUCCAGUUCGGGGCGACCGCGGCGCCGGGCGCGUCGUCGACCACGUUCACGUUUGGCGGCGCAGCGUCGACGCAGCCUGCGAGCAGCACGCCCUUUGGUGCGAGCACGGCGCCUGCGAGCUCCACGCCGUUCGGCGCCUCCGGCACCGCGCCAGGCACGCCCUUUGGUGCGACCACAGCAGCCGCGGGCUCCACGCCGUUCGGCGCCUCCGGCACCGCGCCGGGCACGCCCUUUGGUGCGACCACCGCAGCUGCGGGCUCCACACCGUUCGGGGCAUCCGCCGCGCCGGGGAACCCGUUCGGAGGCUCCGGCAGUGCGGCGGGCGCGCCGUUCGGCGCGGCGCAGCCGUCGUCGGGGCCCGGCGGCGGCCCGUUCAACUUUGGCGGCGGCGGAGGUGCGACGGGCAUGAACACAGCCCCGGGGACGUUCGGUGCGUCGGCCGGUGCGCCGCCUGCGUCCAGCGGCGGCUUCCAGGCCGGCGCGGCGUCGCAGCCGGGCGGGUUCGCAGCCGGGGGCACCGGCGGGGGGUCCGGCAUGUUUGGUGCUGCCCCAGGCGGCACACCGUUCGGCGCGCAGCCGGCGCAGCCGUUCGGCGGGGGCCAGCAGGCGUUUGGCGCGCCGCAGUCGCAGCCCGCGUUCGGAGCCGCGCAGCCGGGUCAGAGCGCGCCGUUUGGCGGCGGAACGCAGCCAGGACUGGGCGGCGGGGGUGCGCCGCAAGGCGGGUUCGCGUUCGGGGGCUCGCAGCCGGGCGGCGGGGCUUUCCAGUUCGGCGCGGGCGCGGCGGCGGGGCAGCCGGGGCAGCCGGCGCCGAGCGGGACCUUUGGGGGGAGUGACGGCGGUAUGAGUGUGGGCGCGGCUGGACGCCAUGUCAUAAAGGCGAAGCGGCGCGCGCGGCGGUGA